AGUUCCUAAUCAUUCUGAGCUUUCAUACGUCCUUACAGAAGUUGUCCUUCACAUCGUGGGUCCCGAAGUGCGAAUGCUGUUGCAAGUCCUCCCGUGAGCUCCCAGUAGAAGCCAUGCCGCUGACGCCUACUAUGAGACAAAACGGUCCUCUUCGAGGUUUGACCAACCUCAGAGGCUAUGCUGGAACGACAGGUCCAUUGAGCAACAACCUGGCCAACAACCUGGUGGAAAUCGACAAGGUGAAAAAAUGGAGUUACCAAGAAUGAUACGUUGUUUCGAAAUGACGGCCUAACUCUACUCCCACCUUUCCAGGUUAACGACAUGUGGAAAAAAGUAGUAGCUGAAAGAGAGUAAGUGAUUCGGUCCACUAAUUCCCUGUGACAGUUGCCUGAAUGGAACGGAAGUUGCUGACCGAAUGUUUCAGUAAGCAGAUACGCACUUCGCAGGAGGCACUGAAGGCAAUGUUGCAACGACAUUCCCUGCUGAACAAUGACAUUAUACAGAGAAAUGCUUCUUUGCAGAAGGUACCAAAUGCCCGUUGUUAAUAACACGUUAUAGUAAUCCGAGCCAGUGAUUUAACUCGUUUGAUGUGUAUAUAUGUCCUCAGGAGAUGAUGCACCAGCAAGCUCAGAUUGAGUUGCUCCGCAGUGAAAGUAUUCAGCAAAGGGUGCUGAUUAAAGUCCUGAGAAGUGAAAAGGAGGUGAGUCUCUGAUAAAUUCGGAGAUUGCAUUAUGUUUUGAAUGGUUCCUGAUCUUCGACCACAGGAGGCGGAGAGGCUCCUUGGCAAGGCAAAGGAAGAGAAUGCAAGGCUGCAAAAAAAGCUGUGCAAUCUUGAGGAGCUGAAUCUUCUUGCAACCAAGAAGGCACCACAUAAGAAGAGUGAGGACGAAUGUCAGCAAGAUCUUCCAAUGACAGGAUAUGGAGAACCGACUAAAGCAAGAACACGAAAGAACCAACGACUUCCUUCCAGGUUGGUUGCUUGACGUUUCCAUUUUCGGUAUUCCCUGGUUACAAUCUGCGUGACAGGUUGCCAGGGACCGGGAAGAAAAACGGCGAGCACCAGCCCACUGUACUCUGUGCACGGCCACGCACCUACAAACCCAAGCCAGCUAAGAUGCAGCCUGUGGGUCAAGUGGAAUUUGAAGACUCGGCAUCUGAUGCAGAGAGCUGCAACUCAAACAACUAUUAUAUUCGGCCCACAAAGGUCCACACAGACAACCCUGCAAGGAGGCGUUUAGUAAGCCACGCAGGCAACCCCUUGGUGGGAGAUACAAAUGGCUCACCAUUUUCUGCUCAUGAAACAGUCAAUGAGGUAAAGGAAGCUUCAGAGCUCCCAAAACGUGCACUCCGUGCUCGUACACUCUUGAAUUACAAGGAGCCACCGUUGCAUACCAAGCUU